AUGGAGAAGAAAUCAUUAGCUGGGUUAUGCUUCCUCUUCCUUGUCCUCUUUGUUGCUCAAGAAGUUGUGGUGCAGACUGAGGCAAAGAACUGUGAGAACCUGGCUGAUACAUACAGGGGUCCAUGCUUCACCAAUGGCAGCUGCGAUGAUCACUGCAAAAACAAAGAACACUUGAUGAGUGGCAGGUGCAGGGAUGAUUUCCGCUGCUGGUGCACCAAAAACUGUUAA